UUUGGCUACAACUGGACAUGGUUGCACAUAUCUAGCCAAGUGAUACCUUUCUUAAAUAGCAGCUAUGUAAUUUAUAUUUACUUAUUAACUAUGCCAGCCAUCAGUGGCCGCUCUGGAAGUGCAUCGAAUCCUGACAUUAUUAUAUCCGUCUUGUCGGCGUUACUCACAGUGCUAUGCUUCGGAUUUUUGGCUCCUCUAAUCAACAUGUUUCGUCGACCAUCCAUCGUGGUAUUUUCCCUGUUUUUAGUCAGUGCUAUUGCCAUGUACUUAGCCAGUAGUACUCAGAUUGGGUUUCCUUAUCGACCCAAGACUAACCCCGAGCGAGUCAUGUAUCAGCACGUACGAAAAAUCUUUUACGAGUACGAUGGAAGUAUCAGCCAGGAUGAAUCCGGCUAUUUGUUUAACUUCCAAGACAGAAGAGAAGAUCAACCUUAUACCGGAGUAAAUUUAACGGGUUCGAUGAAAACUAAAUCAGAGUGUGAAAAACACAUGAUGUGUGGUCUGCCCCUGUUCGAUGAGAGGUGGGUGGGAAACCGUCUACAGGGAAUGUGGUUACCUCGCGAGACUAUCGAGCUACCAUCGUCAACUACUCUUGAGCUCCUGAACAAAACGGUGUUGGAAAAUAAUAAAACUGUGCGGUUUAACUUUCGAGUAUCGGGGCCACCACACUUGAAUUUAUAUAUUCAACCUCGUGAGGAUGAUUUCGUGACUAUAACGGACUGGUCAUUCUCACAGGAUUAUCUUAAAAAUCCGCCAAGUACUCCACUAUCCUACCAUAUAUUUAUUACUUUCGGCAUUGUUAAGCCGCCUCUGGAAUUCUUUCUAGAUAUUUCGAAACCUAGUGGUGACUUUAAUGUGCCUCUCUUUCAAUUGGGAGUAUCGGGACAUUACCUAGAUGACGAUGGUGAUACGAGCAGUCAAAAGUUUGCCUCAACAUUUCCAUCGCAUACAGUAUUAAUCCAUUGGCCUUCCUUAUAUCAAAGAUAUAUUUUCUAACUUGUCUCACUCAAUUCAGCUUAAUUUUUAGUUCAUUUUUGGCUCAUUCGGAACAGAAUUGCUCAUUUACCUCGACAGAAAUUGUUCAUGCCUCAAUAAAGUUUCA